CAGCUCUGUCCAUGUGGUUAUCUGGACUUCUGUUGGUCAGCGUCACAGCAGCACAUGAACUAACACUCUUUCCAGAAAAAUUCGAGGUGGUGAAGGAGGGAAAUGCAGAACCGGUUAAACUGACCUGCAAUGCAAAGGCCGAUGAAUCUGUCACAUGGAUGUUUGAAGGUGAUGAAGUUGAAUUCAACGAUGCCCAGAGGAACGGUACAAAUCUGGUGGUGUCAAACGUAGACGCGCCCAUGCUGGGAGAGUACAGCUGCACUUCUAAGGGCCAAACACUGUCUACAACCCAUAUUCUGAUGGAGCCUGAGGAUCAGCAGGGAUUAGAUGCUUUCUUGAGCUGCCGGGCAAAGUCUUACGACUGUGAAUUUACCUGCAACUGGAAUGACACCAGCUACACAGCAGUGCGGCUUGGACUCACCUCUAACUGCACUGACGGUCUGAGUUCAUGCCAGUGGCACAGGAGCAGCGGUGAGCUCCACAGUGGAGGAUUCCAGUUUGUGCUGCCCCACUUCUUAUCGCCCUUCGCUGAAGAGAGCACUAUGCUCGAACUCACCGUUGAAGCCGUCAAUAACGACUUUUACUUCCUCAGGAGAACAAAGAGGUUCUAUCUCAGAGACAUCGUUCAGCCCGAUAGUCCCCGGAUCAUCAGGUGUCAGGAGGUGAAUCAGCACCUCAACGUGACCAUUGAGCCGCCGUCCAGCUGGUCCACUCCUCACAGCUUCUUCAGCCUGGAGCAUGAGAUUGAAUACAUCCUCAAGGACAACGGCAAGAUUGGACGUUCUUCAACUGCUCAGAUACCGAAGAGGAUCAGCAGGCUGAGGGUUCGCUCCAGAGACUCGCUGGUGCCCUCAACCUGGAGUCAGUGGACGCCCUGGAAAGAUGUGAGAAAAAGGGUGAAGAACCUAUGCAAGUGCAGAAAAAGAGUGUGCUGUUCAGAGUUGCCGCCUGGAUCCUUGGACCACUGCAAGAACAGAAAACAGAAAAAAACAAUCUUGAUGAAGUGGGACAACUUGGAAAAUGAGAUGUUUUUAUAAAAUAAUCAUUUUUAUCAGCUAAUG